AGAAACAAACCAAGAAGCUUAAACUUUCUUGAACGCCAUGGGCCGAUCAAACUUUAUCCUCAUCGCCGUCUUCCUAAUUGUCGGCGUCGCCUCCCACACGAUUGAUGAAACAGCGCAGGAGGUGAUCGAGGCACUCGCGCAUAGCACUUUCGACGAUUGGUCGCCAUCUUUCAUAUCCACCAACAAGCCGCUUCUUGGCUAAGUCUUACCAUCAACACUUUUCAUACCAAUGUCCACCACCACUUUGUACAACGGCGGAGACAAACGGAAAUUCGCCGCCUACCACCUUGUACCGGGGAAGAUAGACUUCACUGACCUCCUCUCCAAGAAAGAUGGUUCGCGGCUUCCCACUUUUCUAGCCGGAAGUUUCAUUCUCAUUUCCAACUCAUCAUCCGGUUUAUAUAUUGAAGGGGUGAAAGUGAUUGAGCCAGAUGUUUAUGUUGAUUCCGUGAUGGCCAUUCACCGUGUAGCCUCACCACCACUGGACUUUGCAAGAUAAACUCAAAAGGUACUGGUUAGAAGCGAGAAGGCGGUUCUGGGAAAUUGCUGGAUUGUUUCUUUCAAUAAGGUACAAUUCGAGGAGUCUAAUGUUUCUGAGAGUUCUGAAACAAAAAUGGACGAUGAUAAUGGGCUCGAGCUCAGCUUGGGUCUUUCUUGUGGAGGAUCAUCAGGAAAAGCUAAGGGUAACAAUAAUAAUAAUACUGGAAGUUCUUCAGAGAACCACAGGGCAGAAGGAGGUGAUAGAAGCGCUAAAGUGAUUGAUGACUUUAAGAACUUCCUGCAUCCAACUUCUCAAAGACCUGCAGAGCCGAGUUCUGGUUCUCAGAGAAGCGAUUCGGGUCAACAACCUCAGCAGAAUUUCUUCAAUGACCUCUCAAAAGCUCCUACAACUGACGGUGAAGCUUCCACGAAAUCUUUGUGGGUGGAGGAUGAGACACAGAAAGAAGCAGGAAACAAAAGAAAGUUCGGGUUCCCAGGGAUGAAUGAUGAAAAGAAGAAAGAGAAGGACUCGUCACAGGUUGAUAUGCAUGAGAAGAAGACAAAAGCAUCCCAUGUUUCAACCGCAACUGAUGAAGGAUCAACAGCUGAAAACGAAGAUGUAGCAGAGUCUGAAGUAGGUGGUGGUUCUUCUUCCAACCACGCAAAGGAGGUGGUUCGUCCUCCCCCUGAUACAAACGUUGUGGACAACUUAAUGGGUCAAAGGAGGAGCAACCAUGGCGGAUCUGGCACCGAAGAGUUUACAAUGCUCAACAUGAGUUACACCGUACCUUUCACUGUUCAUCCGCAAAAUGUCGUCACUAGUAUGCCUUACUCUAUACCGGCGAAAGAGUCUGGACAACACACAGCAGCUACAAGUCUAUUGCAGCCUAAUGCUAAUGCUGGAAAUCUCCCAAUUAUGUUUGGAUACUCACCAGUCCAGCUCCCUAUGCUAGAUAAGGAAGGUUCAGGCGGGAUUGUCUCACUUUCUCAAUCUCCAUUUGCUGGAAGAGUUCCAUCAAACUCAGCUACUGCGAAAGGCGAGGGCAAACAGCCUGUUGCAGAAGAAGGUUCAUCUGAGGAUGCAUCAGAGCGGCCAACAGGAGACAACAACAACAACAAUACCGCUUUCUCUUUCGACUUUUCCGCCAUAAAACCCGGAAUGGCAGCAGAUGUGAAGUUUGGAGGAUCCGGGGCACGUCCUAACCUACCAUGGGUCUCAACCACUGGUUCAGGCCCGCACGGCCGGACAAUCUCAGGUGUCACAUACCGGUACAACGCAAACCAGAUCAAAAUCGUAUGCGCUUGCCACGGCUCGCACAUGUCGCCAGAGGAGUUUGUACGGCACGCAAGCGAGGAGUUCGUUAGCCCAGAAUCAUCCAUGGGAAUGACUGCCGCGUCAGCUCACACCUGAAAACUCGCCGCCGGAAAAAUGUCUGAAAUCUUGUAAACAAAUGGAAGGGUUUUGUAAUGAGUUUCUUUUUGGAACAUACAUUUUAUUAUGUUUUAGUCGGAUCAAACUCUCAAGCCAAAGUUUUUAACUGAGCUUUCUGCUAUGUUGUUGUAAUCUCUCUGCUUCAUCUCUUCUUUUCCUUUUUGUUUUUUGGUUGAAAGGAAAUUAUAUAUAACCACAACAUUAUCGGUGUCAUUUGUUCUUUUUAGUUAAAAUCAAAAUAACUAUUUUGG